AGGCCUGAGUCUGUGGCCGGUGUCGGCUCAGCGUCGUUGUCACUUCCAGCCCGGAGGACUGACGGCGGCAACCGGCAGCAGCGGCGGCGGCGACAAGAUGGCGGAGGCCUCGGCGGCAGCGGCGGCCACCGUCUCCCAGCACCGCUUCUUCUGCCACAGCUGCAAGGGGGAGGUCAACCCCAAGCUGCCGGAGUACACCUGUCCCAGAUGUGAUUCCGGCUUUAUUGAAGAAGUGACAGAUGAUUCCAGUUUUCUAGAAGGCGGUGGCAGCGGAAUCGACGACAGCCCGUCCACCCCGUUUGCAGAGUUUUGGGACCAGCUGGACCGCUCAAUGGUUUUCCCGUUCCUGAGCAGCUCUCUGGACCACGACGGCAGAGACAAUGAAAGGGGCCACCAAGCCCACGCGGACCUUUGGGGGCCAAGCCGACCCCCGCGGCUGCCCAUGACGCGGAGGAACAGACCCCGGUUCACCACGCGGACCGAUAGAUCGCCUGCCAUCGAAGGGAUAAUACAACAGUUCUUUGCGGGCUUGUUAGCGAAUUCGGCGAUUCCUGGUUCCCCGCCUCCCCCUUUCUCCUGGGGCGGCAUGUUGCACUCGAGUCCCGGGGACUACGCCUGGGGACAGAGCGGCCUGGAUGCUGUUGUCACACAGCUUCUGGGACAGCUGGAAAGCACGGGACCUCCCCCGGCAGACAAGGAGAAGAUUUCGGCUCUCCCGACAGUGACGGUCACUCAGGAUCAAGUGGAUACAGGUUUGGAGUGCCCUGUGUGCAAAGAAGACUACACCGCCGCGGAACAGGUCCGGCAGCUCCCGUGCAAUCACUACUUCCACAGCAGCUGCAUCGUGCCGUGGUUAGAGCUGCACGACACGUGUCCCGUCUGCCGGAAGAGCCUAAGUGGCGAAGACUCCACUCGACAAGCAGCCAACUCGGAGGCGUCCACGAGUAACUCCUUUAGCAGCGCCGGCCUACAGGACCGAUGGACAUUCUGAAGCCUCUCCGGAGCAGCUGGGGCGAGGGAGGGGGCGGUUCAGGCCUGUAGUAUUCCUUACUACAGUUGUAAAUUGUACAAUAACGAAACGACAAAACCAAGUAGCAAGAAGAAAGAGAGAGAACUGACACGGAAAUGUGGAACCACAUUUCCAGCCCGCCACCACGGCGAGGGUGGGUCACCUUUCCGAAACUGCUAGCAUCUCCGGCUGAGUCUCCGCGGCCUCCAAACAAUCUCUUUCAUCCUUAAAUUUCCAGUGCGACCCGUUUAGAGUUUGGGAAGGGGGUGGAGAGGGAGCGCGAGGUGGUUCCUAAACAUUUGUGGGUUCUUUUUCCGAGAGCAAGCAGGGGGCCUCUGUCUGCCGACUCCUUCCUCUUCUGGGAGGGGACAAGAAAGAGGACGCCCCAAAUCAACGCCUCCCGGGAAAGGGGGGUGUCUGUUUGGAACAAGGGAAGGAGCUGAGAGGGUUGGCAGCCGGGGCACAGACCUUCCCGUCAUCCCACAACAUGGAACCGGUUGAAUGGACAUUCGCCAUCUUUUUUGCAGCCUAACCCCUCCCAUGGCAUUCUGGCUGAAUUUUGGGGGGAUUAGGUUGAAAGACACCCUGGCUGCCUUCCUUUCCGUUCUAUUUUCCUGGAAAGGGGAGGGUGGUCAGAGAGAGAGAAAGAGGAGGAGGAGGAGGAGGAGGAGGAGGAGCAGCCCUGGAGUCGAAGCCUCUAGUGAAAUGUAUUUUCCCUGCUCUCAUCCCAUCGACUUUGGGUUUGAAACCGAAUUCUAUCCAUUUGCUACUUAAGACCCAUUUUUGCUGCCUUGUUUUUUUUCAAAUGGACCAUGUUUAAUUUAUCUUCCAGAGCAAGGACUGUGUAUUCCCCACCCCGUUUUGUUCUUUUUCUUCCGUAUUUAAAAUGAAAAUGCCAUCUUUCGCUACCAUAAACAAUCGCUUUUUCGUUUCUGUUUUUUCCAUGGAAGUGUUUCUCUUCCCCCCCCCCCUUGCAACUUUUCUACAUCUGCAUUAUUUUCCCCCCUUGGCUUUUAACUUCUGAAUCAUGUCUGAGCUCAGAACAUCUGUGAUGCGCACGCCGGGCCCCGAAACGCCUCUCAUCUGGAAAUAGAAGGGUAUUUGACUUCGAUGGUAAAAAUAAAAGAAGCCCGGGGGGGGGGGUGGAAAGAGAGAGAGAGAUGUGGGCGUGUGGGAAAUGGCGGAGUCAUAUUCCCAGGAAAAACUCAAAACACCACGCAGGGAGAAGAGAAAUCCGUUGCCACUUCAUCGCUGUAACGGUGUACCAGGUACACUCGAUUUCAAACUUAGUGUCUUCUGUUUGCUAUAUAUAUAAAAAAAUUGAAUAAAAGUCUUUAAUAAGAA